CGUUGGCGAGAGGGGAGCAAUUAAGGAGGCAGCAGCAGGGACAGGGAGAGGGAGACGAGCGAGCGAGCUCUCUAGCUGGUGCUUGCCUAUAGGUAGUAUAGGCUAGGGAGAUGGCAAUGGGGCAGAGGAGGUUGGGGUCGCGGCGGCAGAGCCAGAGCGUGGUGGUGCUGCUGCUGGCGACGGCGUGGUGCGCGGCGGCGCAGCUGAGCCAGAACUACUACGUGUCGACGUGCCCCAACGUGGAGACGCUCGUCCGCGGCGCCGUGGCGCAGAAGCUCAAGGAGACGUUCAACGCCGCCCCCGGCACGCUCCGCCUCUUCUUCCACGACUGCUUCGUCAGGGGGUGCGACGCGUCGGUGCUGAUCGCCGGGCCGGACGACGAGCACAGCGCGGGCGCCGACACGACGCUGUCGCCCGACGCGCUGGACCUCAUCACCCGCGCCAAGGCCGCCGUCGACGCCGACGCUCAGUGCGCCAACAAGGUCUCCUGCGCCGACAUCCUCGCCCUCGCCGCCCGCGACGUCGUCUCGCAGGCAGGAGGGCCGUACUACCAGGUGGAGCUGGGGCGGCUGGACGGCAAGGUCGGGACGCGCGCGGUGGUGAAGCACAGCCUCCCCGGCGCCGCCUUCGACCUCGACCAGCUCAACAAGCUGUUCGCCGCCAACGGCCUCACCCAGACCGACAUGAUCGCGCUCUCCGGCGGGCACACCAUCGGGGUGACGCACUGCGACAAGUUCGUGCGGCGGCUGUACCAGUUCAAGGGGGCGGCGCCGCCGCCGAACAGCCCGGCGAUGAACCUGGCGUUCCUCCGGCAGAUGAGGCAGACGUGCCCGCUCAGCUACAGCCCCACCACCGUGGCGAUGCUCGACGCCGUCACGCCCAACAAGUUCGACAACGGCUACUUCCAGACGCUGCAGCAGCUCAAGGGCCUCCUCGCCUCCGACCAGGUGCUCUUCGCCGACCGCCGCUCCCGCUCCACCGUCAACUACUUCGCCGCCAACCAGACCGCCUUCUUCGACGCCUUCGUCGCCGCCAUCACCAAGCUCGGCCGCGUCGGCGUCAAGACCGCCGGCUCCGGCUCCGACGCCGAGAUCCGGCGAGUCUGCACCAAGGUCAACUAGUCGCUAGCACUGUCAUCACACCGGCACGCGUACAUUUCAGUGGUAGAGAGCGUAAAUUGGUGAAUUCUUCUGUCUCUCUUCUUCUUCUUCCUCACCAAUUCUUGUUCAUCUUCUUCUCGAUCUCUGUCCAUCCAUGUUCACAGUCCACCACGCACACUUGUUGUAUUUGUUCCCGCCAAUUCUUUCCUUGAUUCUUAUAAUCAUAAAAAGUGUUAUACAUUAAUUAGGAUAUUUUCAGGGCCCCUACCAUGUGAUAUGAUAGAAGGUACACUUACAAUGAUGUAAAUGUUUACAGCUGGUCCAGUUAAUCAAGUUUAUCCCAUA